AACUAGUUUUCUCAUACAAUAUGAAACCCUAAAAUCAAUUUUGUCACGGUACACUCUCGCCCUUUCUUAUACAAUCGGAAGCCCUAAUAUUUGUUCCCAUCCUUCUCCUUCUUUUUUCCACAUUUCUGGAAUAAACUGAGUGGAAUUAGUGAUUACUGUCUAAAACCUUAGGAAAACUCCCAAACCCGUGUUGCAUUGGCGAGAACCUUAAUAGGUCUAAAAUUCAGUCCUUCGAAAUCAAGUUCUUCAACUGGAAAUUUGAGAAGCUCAAACCCGCUGCCGAGGAGGUCGAGCACGUGGUGGCGCUAAUGCUUCUCCUGUGAAGGUCAAAUACAGUGUUGUGAUUGUCCUAAAGGUAUUUCCAAUCUUGUUAAAUUUGGCAUGCAGGCAGAUUCCAUAUAUUUAAUGAUCGCAACUGUGUUUAAUGGAGGUUGUUGUCCUUGUUGCUUUGAUCACGUUCAGAGUUAUUGGGUUCCUUUCCUACACUUCAGAUUCCAAAACUGUGUUUAAUUGAAACUUUGAAUUGUUUAAAUUUCUUGUGUUUAUGUUAACAUCAUGGCUAACAAUUGCAACUCCUCCUCCAAAACCCAACCCCCUUAUGCUCCUAGUCCUAACCAUCAAAAUUUCUUACAAAACAAUGGUGUGGGCAUGACACCCCAGCCCCAGUUUUGUUCUGGCAACCACCAAAGCCAAAGCUUGUUGCCCCCUUUUAUGCAGCCAAUACUCAUGAAUGCAGCACCUUUUAUGAAUGCUGCAAAUCACAAUCAUUUUCCCUUGCAAAAUAAUCAGAUGCAUCUGCCUCAAAUGGGUAUGCCUGGUCAUCAACAGGGUCAACCCCUUGUGGGGGGUUUAGGUCCCCAAAAUAGUGGUGGCAAUCCCAAUUACAGCAAUUCAAUGUAUCCUGUUCAGGGACAAGUCAUGCAGAAUGCAGCUCAACUCAAUUUGUCUCAAUUACAGAGACAAAUGUUGGCACAGAGUAUUUUGAAUAUGCUUCAGCCGUCUCAUAUGAACAUUAGUAUGCCAAACGGCCAAUUUUGUGCCCCUUAUCCUGUUCAGAAUAUGAAUCAACAGUUACCUACACAAAUGCCAAGCCCUUCUCAAGGGAUUCCUCAUGGCAUGCAUCCUGGUUCCUGCCCCAUGUUUGGGUUUCCAAACCAACGGCCUCAGGCUAUGGUCCCUCAGAAUUCUUUAUUUUCAGCAAGUCCACAGUUAGGCUUUGAGCCUGGAGGGCAGGUCCGGCUGCAGAUUGAUCCGAACAUUGAUCCGAACGAGAAAAACCUUGCACCACCAAACGUGAAUGCAAAUGCUUUGGUAUCACGGUUGCCUUUUUCAUCUCAGCAGUUACAAGGGAAUACUUCUGGGUCACUUAAUUCUAAUUUGGCUCAUACAAGUAACUCUCAACCUCCUGCGUUUUUGAAGUCACACUCGCAGGAGAAUCCUUAUGGCAAUAUUAAAACUAAUGUUCCAAAUACCAACUGGAAUGGAUCACCCAGCAAAAACUUCAAAAAUAGACCAAAACGAGGAGGGUUUAAAGGAGGAUUCCAGAAGUCUAAAUUUCAUGAUGCCAACAAUGGGAGAACUGGGUUUCCUAAAGAUCAUAAUGGAAGAGCAGGCCCUUACAGUGGGAGGGCAGGACAGGAUAGAUUAAGAUCAAAGGAACUUAAGCAGCAACCAGAAAGAUUUUUCUCUGUGACUUACACUGAGCAAGAAAUCCAACAAUGGCGUGAAGCACGGAAAAAUAAUCAUCCUUGUAACCACUUGCAGAAGAGGCACAGUGAAUGCCCGAUGGACUCCAAGGUUAUUAACAGGGAGGUCUUACAAAGAGAGCUUAAGGAGGUUUUAGCAAAGCAAGCUGAAUUGGGAAUCGAAGUUGCUGAAAUACCAUCACACUACCUUAAGAAUUCUGAAAAUCGAGGUCUUCAAAAUGAAGGGAAAAACAAAUUUAGUGACAAAAGAAAGUUCCAAAACAAGUUCAACGAGAAAUUAGACAGAAAAGGUCGGUUCGGCAAGAGGCAAAAGUUUGCUAACAACAUUUCAGAAAGCCCUUUGUCAAAGAAGAGGAAGCCAACUUUAUUGCAGAAACUCUUGAGUGCAGAUAUAAGUAAAGAUAAGAGCCACCUGUUUCAGGUUUUCAGGUUCAUGGUAAUAAAUUCUUUCUUCAAACAUUGUCCUGACAAGCCCCUUAGAUAUCCAUCAGUCAUGGUUAAAGAGAACGGGUCUGAAGUUGACACUGAAAAAGAUGUUUCUAAACGUGGGAACGAGGGAGCUGUUAAAAAAAUUGUUAGCCUAAAUAAUGAUGACGAUCAUAAUAGUGAAGACGAAGACAGUGAUGUUGAUGAGAAUGACUCUAUUGUGCAUAAUCAUCCACACGAAGAACUUUUUUCCUUGGUUAAAGAAGAGCAAUUUGAGAAAUCUGAUGAAGAGGAGGGAGAAAUUUUAGAAUGAAAUUCCUAGGUUGGUGCUCCACUUUUUUGCAGCAAAGUUUUGAAUACUGUAGUGGUAACAAUUUUUGUUUAGUCAUUUGUUUCCCUUGUGGUUUCACCAUCAUGCAUAAUGUUACAGUCAAUGUAUUUUUGCAGCAAAGGUUUCUGAAUACUAGUAUUACACAAUAUAUUUGCGCAC